UACGGUGCUGUCAGUUCACUCCCGGGCUCCCGGCCUUGUCAGACAGCUCCACCACAUUCGUACUCCCGCUCCCCGCUCCGAUGGCGCUCCGGCACCUGCUCGCCGUUGCCGUCGCCGCGCUUGCAUUGGACGUGGCGGCGGCCAGCGGAGGUUCCGCGGCGCUCGGGGUGAACUACGGCCAGGUGGCCGACAACCUGCCGUCGCCGCAGGCGGCGGCCGUGCUCCUCCGCGCGCUGAACGCCAGCAAGGUCAAGCUGUACGACGCGGACGCGCGCGUGCUGAGCGCGUUCGCCGGCUCCGGCGUGGACUUCACCGUGGGGCUGCCCGACAACAUGGUCCCGCGCCUGGCGUCCGACCCGUCCGCGGCCGCGGCCUGGGUCCGCGCCAACAUCCUCCCGCACCUCCCGGCGGCGUCCAUCACCGCGGUCACCGUCGGCAACGAGGUGCUGACAGGCUCCGACGCCACCAUGCUGCGCUCCCUCCUCCCAGCCAUGCAGUCGCUCCACGCGGCGCUGGCCGCGUGCAACCUCACCUCCCGCGUCGCGGUCACCACCGCGCACUCCCUCGCCGUGCUCUCCUCCUCCUUCCCGCCCUCCUCCGCGUCCUUCCGGCGCGACCUCCUCCCCUACAUCACGCCGCUCCUCGCCUUCCUCGCCAAGACCGGCUCGCCGUUCCUCGUGAACGCGUACCCCUACUUCGCGUACAAGGCCGACCCGGGCACGGUGGACCUGGACUACGUGCUGUUCGAGCCGAGCGCGGCCGCCGUGGUGGACUCCGCCACGGGGCUGCGGUACGGCAACAUGCUGCACGCGCAGGUGGACGCCGUGCGCACGGCCAUCUGCGCCGCCGACUACGGGCGUGCGGUGGAGAUCCGGGUGUCGGAGACCGGGUGGCCGUCGCAGGGGGACGGCGACGAGGCCGGCGCCACGCCGCAGAACGCGGCCAGGUACAACGGGAACCUGAUGCGGCUGGUGGCGCAGGGGAAGGGCACGCCGGCGGCGCCCGGGGAGCCGCUGCAGGUGUACGUGUUCGCGCUGUUCAACGAGGACCAGAAGCCCGGACCGGCGUCGGAGCGGCACUACGGCCUGUUCAAGCCGGACGGCACGCCCGCCUACGACGUCGGCGUCAAGGCGCCCACGAUCAAAGGCUUGAAGGGGAGCGGCAAUGGGGACGGCGGCGGCAGCGGCAAUGGCACGGAUAGUGGCGUCGGCAUGGUGGUGGGGGAAGGGCCCGCCGGGACGGACGGGUUCGCCGUCGGCCCGGGCGGACUCUACACCAUUUCUGAUGCGACGCGCAAGGUGAGGAGGUGGCGGUGGACGGAAAGCUUGGUGGCUAUGGCCGCCGUUCUGGCCAUGGUGUCGUGGUCAUGACUCUGUCGAGACGAAGACGUAUGUAUGUAGAGAGAGACACGUGCUGCAGAUUGCGCACAGGCUAUAUAUUGAUUCAUUGAAUUUUUCUUCUUCUUGUUUAUUUGUCCGGCCAGCCAGUAUGUAUGAUUGGUCUUCCCGUGUUGUAGCUGUGUAGAAGAGAGAAAGACACUGAUAUAUAUACCACACGUUGGUU